GUAAUGGAUUCCACGACCGCCAUCAACUUCGCUUCGCUUGUGGACGGGAACGCAACAGUCUGCUUGACCGGUUGCCAUUAUAAUGUUUGCAUAUUCCAUUCUCUACUCUUAUUCAUUCCAAAUAGGAUGAGAACCCGGCCUGAAAGCCCUGAAGUAGCUGCUAGCGUGAUCCCCGCCUGAACCGAAUCAUUCUGCCUAGCUCGGUGAUAUUUGGCCUUUCACGCAAUACUUCUCCAACAAGAUUUAGCUGCUAGGAGCUGAAAUGGGAGCAUCACAGUCUGCAGAAGGCUCUGGAACGGCUUCGUCUCCUGAGGAGCUUAGCACUAUUCUAGCCGAACGCUUCGCGACGAAAUGCUUUAGCCCAUUGGAGCUAACCCAUUUCAAAGACAACUUUUACUCCCGCGCUCUUGACCAAGCUGGCUUUCGGUAUUGGAAUGAGAAGACCCUGUCCGACUUCCUCGGCAUCCCCGAUGGAGUCUAUACCAACGAGAAAGGCGGUGGCCAUGACAAAUCCUUGGAUGCCGGCCCGGUUAUCUUCCGCAUGGUAUCAUAUCUGGGUGCAUUCCCAUUUCAAAGGAGUCUUGCACCUAGCGUCCUUACAUUCGAGGCGAUGGUCAAAGUUGUGGUGCUGCUAACUGAAAGAUACGACAAGGUGUUGAAAAGAGGGCGUAGGGAUCGGAUAAAGCUACUUUUCGGUAGCCUGGCAGAUGUAGGGAGAAGGGAUAUAGAGAUUACGAAUACACAACCGGAAGAUGCAAGCUCAUCCCCAAAACGCCCUGAGAAACAUCGCACGCAUGCACCGGGAUUCUCAAUAGAUGAACCUUCUAACGACGACUAUGACGAGAAUGAUGAUGACGACGACGAUCUAGCUUUGGCUGCUUUGGAAUCUCUCGACGCUAUUGAGGUGUUCAGACAUGACUAUCGCGCUGAUCGCGCGGCCUACGAAGCUCGUAUAUCUGUUGAUACGCUCCAUCGGCUUCUCAUGUUACUUCUAACAAUAGCUCCAUUAAAGCCUCUCCAGUCAGCUACUCAGUAUACCCUGAAUCUGACCUCCGAAAAGCAAGCCGAGGUUAGACAGGAGGCCGACAGUAUUAUAGCUGGGUUCGCACCGGACGACGUCAAGAACGGCAUUGGAUAUAAAGAAUUUUCGCGCAUAGUUUCGCUUGCCCUACCUCAUCUUUUCGACCCAUUAACCCCUCUGUUUGAGCAUCUGCUGUUCAGCAAGAAUCUUGACCUAUCUCGAAGAAGAAUGGCACAGGAGCCUAUCAACACUUCACCUGAAAACCCGGAAGACGAGGUUGAAACCACAGCGCCGGCCAUGCUUCCGGGGAGCUUUGAUUCAGUAAUUUUGAAUUCUAGCAUGAUAUCCCAUCUCUCCUUUUUCCUCCCUGCAUUGUCAGAUCGUAAUCUAUAUUGGGGUGGCAUACGAUUUCACCCCGUUUUCUCGACCGUCGCGCACGGCGAAUCUCUCACUUCAUUUUCCCACAAUGUUCUAACAUGGCAGGCUUCUUCGCUUCUCCUAUUACAAGGCUCGCCAACCGGAGCCUCGGAUUCCGAUGAGAAGCUGGUCACAUUGGGAGUAUACAUACCUCAACCCUGGAAACUAUCGUCCGCAUCGUCCGCAUCAUCCGCAUCUACCAACGCCAAUGAUCGGUCACAAUUUCCUUGCCUAUUCCAACUCCAACCAACGCAUGCAGUGUCACUAGGAAACCCCAUACCACCCUUUCACAAAACAUCCGUCUUCUUCUCCCAUUCAACUGGCGUCGCAAUUGGCUGUGAAGUCACACCCGCCCAUAAAACGAGCUUUGGACCUGGCGUCCCCUCAAUCUCUUCAUCCCACAAUAAACAACAAACCCCCACCCCCAACGGCGCAACAAGCUUGACAAUCGACACCAGUCUUGAGACCGCGCAGCUACAUGUAUCCUAUCUUGCUAAUUUAGGCGGUGCAUUCGCACCACCCGUCCCACCUGCACUUCCCACAAUCACACAUAUCGAUAUCUACAACCUCGAGGUCUGGGGCAUCGUCGAACCAGAACAACUGUUAUCGCCAGACGGUGCGAAUAAAGACGUCAUUUCCCAGCAGCGUGCAGCCUGGCAGUUUGAUGCCCGCGAAGCCGAACGGAGGAGAGGACUCAAUGUUAAGCUGGGAGGUGGCUCGGAGAGUGACUACCAAAACGCGAGAGCUAUACUAGAGAUGGCUGGUAUUAUAGGAGAUCACGCCCACAGAAGCGGCGGCAGUGUUUGAGAGUUCCUAGUACUUAAAGUGUAUGUUAGACAUUGUGAAAAGCUUGGAACAAAGCGAUGAGGCAACGUGAUAAGUCUAUAUUAAUUAAUGAA